ACAGCGUCGAACCGGCUUCCCUCGCGGCUGGACGCGCGUCGUGCCUUUGCUGUAAUAAUAAAAAAGCGGGAAAAUUGAAUUCAGUUUAUUGUAUUUUUUAAUCUGUGCUUUAAAUUACUUUUUUAAUUAGUGAUAACUUAGAAGAAUUAUGUGGACAGUAUUUUGAUUUACAUUAUUAAUAAAUGUUUUGUUAUUUCAUAAGUAAAAUAUAUACAAACGGGCAAAUACUAACUUUGCGCUAUAUUUAAUUUGACUUUGGUGUUAACUAGUAAAUGAAUGUGUUAAAAUAUAAAAUGUAUAAUAAUUGUGCCUCUUAAGAAAAACUGUUUUGCCGGAGAACUUGAAAAGUGUUGAGGUGUAAAGACAAGAAAGUCUUAGAUAGAAUGGGUGCUUUCGUAAAGUGUAUGGAUGUGACGUCGCAGUAGCAACAACCAUGGCGGCUCCAGCGCACGAACCUUACCGACGGGAACCUGAACUCAGACCACAACACUCAAGAGAUGGUUCAAGAGAUUCUGGUAUCUUCCACACCACUAAAGGCCUUUGGAACGCUCCAGGAUUGAACAAUUGCUUCUUGAAUAGCGCUGUACAAGUUCUGUGGCAUCUGGACAUUUUCCGGCGCAGUUUCCGCGAGCUCACCGGCCACGCCUGUCUCGGCCCUUCCUGUAUUUUUUGCGCAUUAAAGGAGCUGUUCGCUCAGUUGCAAUGGUCUGCGGAGCGUGCGCCGGCCGCGGACAGCUUGCGUCGCGCGCUGGGCGGCGGUUCGCGCUUUCAGCUGGGAUGCAUGGCGGAUGCCAGCGAGUGCUUCGAGCACCUGCUGCUACGGGUACACGCUCACGUAGCCGCCGCCGGUGACAAGCGGGAUGACGACGCCUGCAGGGCGCCCCAUUGUGUGCCCCACCGCAAGUUCGCCAUGAUGCUAGUCGAGCAGUCCGUCUGUGGCGCGUGUCAGGCUACUUCCGAGCCUCUACCCUUUACCCAGAUGGUGCAUUACGUGUCAGCAACCGCUUUAACAACUCAAGCGGCAUUUGGUGACCACGGAGACAGCUUCGGCACAUUGCUGAGGAAAGCCGGGGGCAUGGGCGAUAUUAGAGAUUGUCCGAACGCAUGUGGUGCGAAAAUCCAAAUUUGCCGGACACUUAUGAAUAGGCCCGAAGUUGUAUCGAUCGGAAUGGUGUGGGACUCCGAGCGGCCAUCCGCCGACCACGUGGCCGCGGUGUACGCCGCGCUGGGCACCGAGCUGCGCCCUACAGACGCCUUCCACGCCUGCGUCGACUGCGCAUGGGCCGCUAGGGCCACUCACAGGCUCGUCGGUCUCGUCACCUACUACGGAAAACAUUAUUCCACCUUCUUCUUUCAUAGUAAACUUCGCCUUUGGAUAUAUUUUGACGACGCCGACGUUAAAGAGAUUGGGCCGGAAUGGUCGCAAGUUGUCGAAAAAUGUCGGAGAGGUAGAUUUCAACCGCUGCUCUUGUUAUACGCCGCUGUUGACGGAACGCCGUGUGAUACCCGUCAUGCGCCGAAAGAAGUUGUGCCAUUUCCUGCCCCGGAACCCAGACGCGCGAUAACGCCGGCUCCCGAGAGACCGAAUGCAGGUUUCGCGAGAAGAGCUGUUACUCCAGGUCCCGAAAAUGACAGCGAAUACGUGAGUAGGAAAGCUGUGGAGAAUAUGCUCGAUGUGCAAGCCAGUCGACGGGCUCAAUUAGCGCGGAGCUUAAGUGCUAGUUCCGCAUCAGACACCCAAGAGAGGCCGAGAUCGAGAAGAGAUUCAGGAAAUUGGAGUGGAGAUCGUAACAGUGCGUCCUCGGCGUCAUCGACAGCCGAUAGUCCCUAUAUGUAUCCAAGAGGACGCGGACCCGGAAGUAUUCCCAGUAGUCCGACUCGUAAAGGAGAAUUAUCAAGUGGUGGUUCCUGUGACACAGGAUAUGACUCAUACUCUUUAUCUUCGACUGACAGCCUCCCGCAGCAACAAAAUCACAGGCCUCCUAAUUUACAACUUGCGCAAAUACCAGAAUUAACUACUCGUGGUGAUUGUGAUGCUCUGUGCUCUGAAGCAGAUUCAUUGCUAGAUAAAUCUCGCCAUGCCGAAGACGCGGCAGACUACGAAACUGCUUUAAUUCUUUGUGAUAAUGCCGCAGCGAAAGCACGAGCAGCAAUGGACGCGCCCUACAAUAAUCAACACACGAUGACUGUUGCUAGAAUGAAACAUAAUACUUGUGUGAUGCGAGCUAGAAGUCUUCAGAGAAAAAUGGCUGGCAUGACUAGGCCGCCUGAGGUUACGCUCACCGCACCCGUAAGAAAUACAAAGGGAGGUCUUGAAAAUUCUCCUACCAUUGAAAUUUAUGCCACGUUGCCUAAAAAGAAAAGUUCAUCGAAAAAAUCCUCAAAAAACAUAGAAGACGACAUUGAUAAUACCACAAAAGAGCGUUCUUCUAGACACAAAUCACGAGACGAAGAAAAAAAAGAAAAAAGGUCAAGAAGCGAAGAUCGUGGUAGAGCGAGAAAAGAAGUUACUAUAGCUACAGAAAAGAAGGAGGAACCCGUAGAAGAUAAAAAAGGUAAGAAGCAACAUAAAAUUCGAAGAAAACUAUUAAUGGGUGGCUUAAUCAGAAGAAAGAAUCGCUCAAUGCCCGACUUGACCGAAGGGGCAGAUGGAAAAACCGAAUCUAAUAAUAAAGAUAAACGAGUCACUUCCAUCGAUGAUGCCGAGGUGGGUAGAAGGAAGGAUGAGGAAAAAUCAAACUUAAGUGGCUAUCUUUCAGAGGGCCAUUUAGAGUAUUCCGCUGCAAGUGGAACUAAUCCAAAUCUGGAAAGAAGCAAGCUAAUGCGAAAGAGCUUCCACGGUAGCGCUGGAAAAAUCCUUACUGCAGCCAAAGUACCACCGCCACCGCCACUGCGAACCACUUCUCAGCUUAGCGGGACUAAGUUUGAAGCAGAAGUAAUCGAGCAUAAUAUGCAAACUCGUCCGCCACAGCCUCUACCGAUUGUCAAUCAAAAUGAAUAUUCUUACAUCCAAAAUAAUGAAGACAAUGGUGGCUUUGUAGAACAAUACGGCGAUGAACCGCAAUCACUACCGUUUCUACCUUCGUACGACGGUCAACCGGUCAACCAUUACAAUCGACUCGAUGAUUCACCAUCACAAAACUUUCUCACCGUUGUAACAAAAGCGAUGGUGCAUCAAGAGCAAAGCCCCGUUAAAAGGGACAAUGUACCGAACAUACAGCCGUCGCAAAAUAAUAUUCAAAAUUUAAGUAACGCUUUUGAUAAUGGAGUAGAUGUUGUCGACUUCGCAUUACCAAUGAGAAGAUCGCCACCAAUGUUCGAACUCCCGCCGUAUCCCAGCCCGAUGAAUUCGGUCAACCAUUCCCGACAGCCCAGCGAGGAGUUCCCACCGCCACCUCCUCCGAUCGAUUUAACACCGCUACAGGAUGAAUUAAGUAAAAUUCAAAAUGUGAACUCCAGUCAACACUACAGUGAGGAAGACAAAGAAAUUCCUAAAGGAUCGCUAUUAGCACAGUUACAAGAAAAAAGAAAUCAAAUAUUGCGAAGCGAGGAAUGUGCCAUGAAACCAUCACACCUACAAACGGAUACUUGGCUUAGAGAACUCCAAGCUAAACAAGCAAGCUUAAAACUUAGAAGAUCAGGCUCCCUAGAGGGUCAACUUUCUAGCCCAGGUGAGAAUUCUAUCCACAGAACAUUUGAAAAUGACAAUAACAACGUCAGAAACAUAGCGUCGAGGUUUGAAUGUAAUACGCAAAAUAUUUCAGAACAAGACAGAUCUCAUGUAGGUUUUAUCGGAAUGAGCGGUAACAGAGACGUUAUUAACUGCUCGAAUCAAUCAAACACAGGAAUCUACAGCCGGCGCGCCUCCUCAUCUUCGAUUGACCCUAAGCAAAUGAUUGAUGAAUAUAACGAUCAAAAGUUAAGCAAUAAUAAUAAUAUCGCGCCAUACGGAGAUCGAUCAAAACCUAAGAAGAAAUCUGUAUCGUUUUGCGACCAAGUUAUAUUAGUUGCGACAGCCGAGGACCAGGAAGACGACAGUUAUAUUCCUAAUCCUAUAUUGGAACGCGUUCUGAAGUCAGCCAUGAAUAAGCCAGAGUUGACAACGAUGCCAUUGCAGAACGAGAAGCCGUCGUUGCAGAGACAAGACUCCUUUGACAGUCAAUCGUCCCGUUCUACGAUAUCGUCUUUAUCUCAAACGUCAUAUGUUCCCAACGAAACGGCACACGCUGAAUAUUAUCGGGUUCAAAAUUACCCAACGUACCAACUUGUACAAACGCGCCAUCAACAACCUUCAAAUCAGCAAAAAAUAGGCCUUCAAGGGACCAAUUCAUCGGUUCAUUCGCAAAAUCAAAGCGCCGUAAACAAUAAUAACCAAAUUUAUCAGACGUUGCCAGUAAAUCCACCGAACUCAUCAAAUCCAAUCCCAUACAAUCAACCUCCGGCAGCUUACCAGAAUCACAACAACGCGAGCCCACCGAGCUUCAGCCAAAACCCCGCAAAUAGACUUACGCCUACAGCUACGCAGUUCAUGUCCAAACACGUGCCUAACCUGCAGAGAUCUGUUCCUAAUACGUUCCCCCACCCACCGAGCCAGCUUCACCCAGCCAACCAAACGCCAAAUAACGCUUACUAUCAUAGGCUGCCUCAGCAAACGCAAUCGACGCUUCCCACCAAUUAUCCAACAAACCGACAAUACAAUCAAAACUUACCGAGUAAUAAUUCCACUUACCAAAGCGUUCCCACCAAUUCACCGGCUUAUCAGAGCUAUCACAACCCACCGACAAGCUACGCUAGCUCCGAUUAUUCUAGUCGAUAUCCCCAAGUGAAUAGUACAAACCAUUACAGCGCUGCGCAUUCUCCCUACCAGCGAGUUCCGCCUCCGCACGGCGACAUGCCCCUCGACGCCUACAACAAUAACUACCAGAAAACACAAAAUAACUACUACCUAGAAAACAACAACACUCAGGGUCGUGUACAAGAUGCGAGACACUAUGCUAACUCUCAACAACAGCGGCCCAAUUACAAUCAGAGUACGAUCAAUGAUAGCAAUGUGCCGAACAAUGAGCAGAUAUCUCAGUAUCAGUACCAAAACUCGUACAGCCCGUACCAACAUUUACCACCGCCUAAACAAAUUCAAAAGAAGUCAGUGUCAUUUGAGCCGGGAACGAAAGGCGGCACGGAAUCUCCUGUACCACCGCAAAUGAACACGAAUAAUUAUAACGGCGAUACGCAAACGUUAUCUGCCCAAAAAUCUGUUUGCAGUUUGUGUCGUAAAAAGAGUGUUAGCCCUCCAGCCAUGUACUGUCCAGAUUGCGACUUUUACAUGUCAAGGUUUAAACCUCGCUCAUAGCAUUGCGAUAAAAUUGUAUCGAAGCACAAAAAUGUUCUCUAUCAAGUUAGAUUAUAAGAAACAGAAUGAAAUUGUAGUUUAAGAAUCAUAAAUUGACUGAUCUCGUGAGUAUUAGGUUUGUAAUGCAUGGAGGAUAAAUUAAAUUGAGUACUUAAUCAUAUAUUUUAAGAUUUUUUUACCUGAGAAAUAAAAUAUACGUAGUAGUAAAAUUACAUUAUGUAUUAUAUAAAAUAUACACAACUGAACCGAAAUAAAGAUAGUGUAUAAACAA